UCCACAAACCGAACAAAAGCCUCAACGGAUUCAACUGUUUAACUCUGCACUUUACCCCCUUUUUUUCCCCUGCAUCUCCUAAUUGCCCAACGAGGAGAGAGAAACACACACAAACAAAACUUAGAAAGAUAUCCCGUACCAAAAAUGGCGACCAUGGUAGGAACUCCAUGGAUAAGAAUGAAGGUAAUGCCUGAUUUCCACUAUCAUUUCUUCAAGCAAUCAUCAUUCUCUCUCCACCGCAAUUUUCACCGUCACCUCCGUCGUAACUUCUCCAUUUUCGCGUCUUCAGAAACUCCUCUUCCAUUGAAGAAGAACGACGACGAAAUCAGAGUUCGAUUCGCUCCUUCACCUACCGGCAAUCUCCAUGUCGGAGGUGCUAGAACUGCUCUCUUCAAUUACAUCUUCGCUAGGUCGAAAGGUGGAAAGUUUGUUCUGAGAAUUGAGGAUACUGAUUUGGAGAGAUCGACAAAGGAGUCUGAAGAGGCUUUGUUGCGUGAUCUUACUUGGCUUGGUCUUAAUUGGGAUGAAGGUCCUGGAGUUGGUGGAGACUAUGGUCCCUAUAGACAAUCUGAAAGAAAUAUGCUGUACAAGCAAUAUGCUGAUAAGCUUUUAGAGUCUGGUUAUGUUUAUCGGUGUUUCUGUUCUAACGAGGAACUUGAAAAAAUGAAGGAGACAGCAAAACUGAAAGGAUUGCCGCCGGUAUACGUUGGAAAGUGGUCAGCUGCCAGUGAUGCCGAGGUACAAGAAGAGCUGGAAAAGGGAGUUCCAUUUACGUACCGAUUUCGUGUACCUAAGGAAGGGAGUCUCAAAAUUGAUGACCUUAUUCGAGGAGAAGUUAGGUGGAGCUUGGAUACCCUUGGAGAUUUUGUGAUCAUGCGAAGUAACGGACAACCUGUGUACAACUUUUGUGUCACAGUCGAUGAUGCCACAAUGGCCAUUUCACAUGUCAUCAGAGCGGAAGAGCAUCUACCUAACACUUUGAGGCAGGCAUUAAUAUACAAGGCUCUGGGAUUUCCUAUGCCUUACUUUGCUCACGUUUCGUUAAUUCUUGCACCUGACCGAAGCAAGCUGUCAAAGCGUCAUGGUGCCACUUCAGUGGGUCAGUUCAGGGAAAUGGGCUAUCUGCCUGAGGCACUGGUGAACUACUUAUCGCUAUUGGGAUGGGGGGAUGGUACAGAAAAUGAGUACUUCACCAUCAAACAACUUGUUGAAAAGUUCACUAUAGAACGUGUGAAUAAAAGUGGAGCUAUAUUUGAUUCUACUAAAUUAAGGUGGAUGAAUGGGCAUUACGUGCGAGCUUUGCCAUCAGAUGAGUUAAAUAAAAUUGUUGGUGAGCAUUGGAAGAGCUCUGGCAUCCUUACUGAAUCAGAGGGUUCAUUUGUAGAUGAGGCCGUUGCAUUGCUCAAGGAUGGGAUUGACUUGGUGCCAGAGUCGGACAAAGUGCUUGUGAACUUGCUUUCAUAUCCCUUAAGAGAAACUCUUGCCAGUCCUGAAGCUAAGCCAUUCCUUGAAGAUGGGCUUUCUGACGUGGCAGCCAGCCUUGUAGCAGCAUAUGACAGUGGUGAGCUCAUUGCGGCUUUCCAAGAAGGCCAUUCUGGCUGGCAAAAGUGGGUCAAAGGCUUUGGCAAAUCAUUGAAGCGCAAGGGGAAAUCCCUUUUCAUGCCACUCCGAGUGUUGCUGACAGGAAAGAUCCAUGGCCCAGACAUGGGAGCUAGUAUUAUUCUUUUGCAUCAAGCUGGGACUACUGGGGUUGUAAAUACCCAGUUUGGGUUCGUAACAUUGGAUGAAAGGAUCAAAAUCCUGCAGGAAAUUGACUGGGAGUCAUUUAGAACAGAUCCUGCUGCACUAGAACCAACGACUAUUGUAGCACAUUGAUAUAGAAGGAAAAUGUGUAAUAACUAGUUAUGUGCAAUUUUGAUCUUGAGAGUAGUCAUUUCUGUUUUGCAGCUUGACUUUUAAUGUAGACAUUAGAACAUAUUGGAUAUAGAAGUAUCACACAGCAAAUUUCAAUUUUGAUUUUACCCUCCUGUAUACCAAAUUAAUUGUGUUACAUUGUUUUGGAUGUCUGAAUAAUGUGCAAGUUGCAACAUAUAUUUGGUAGUUUUUCUCUA